UCUGCUGGCGCCCACCACCCUCGACCCGGGCAUAACCACGUUUCGAAGCUGUUUUACCCCCCAGAGUCGCCUUCUGCACCCGCGCCCUCAUCGUACGGUCCGCAGCCCUUUGCGUCUAGCUCGCUGUCGCUGCGUGCUCGCAUUUGCUCGUUUCGCAGGCCUCGACUCGUCCCGACCGCACCUCUUUGUCUCCAAGACGGCCACCGCGAUAUCGAACAGACAAAGGGAAGCAUGGCCGGUGGGCCGAGCCCGAGCAGCACCAGUCCCUCCAACCUCUCCAACAGUCCGUUUCUCCACGGCUCCCUGAGCAGCUCCACGUCGUCCUCCCCACCGAAGCAGCUCUUUCCGUCGCAGAACACCAUGACCGCCGACGUCUUCUCCGCGUCGCAUACCUACAACAUGCCCGCGCCCAUUGGCGACCGCCGCGCCCUGGACAAGCAUGGCCUGACGCUGCUUUCGUUCAGCGAGGCCGAGACCAGCCCUGAGCCCAAGUGCACCCACGACAUUUUUCUGCGACGGCUGCCGAGCAACAGCGACAGGGACGCCGUGCGCAACAUUCUUCUCUUCGCCAAGGACCUCAUUGAUUGCGAGCUGGUUUCCGCAACGAGAUACCCCGAGGACAAGGGUUUCGCAUCCGCCAUCGCCAGAUUCCGGACCCUGGAGGGCGCAAAGGAGGCGCGAGAUCUGCUGAACGGAAAGCGCAACGCUACCAAAGAUGCGACUCUUAUAGUGGAAAUGAUCCAGGACAGCCUCCCCGGCACUAUUGGCUCGAGGCGCAACACGGUCGACAGCGCACCUGUCCGACAGGGGUCCGUCUCCACUGCAACUGGGAUCUCCGGUGCUACGACAAAUGGACGACAAUCAUCGCGAUAUAACGGGACCUUCGAGAAGAUGUCCCCACCUAAUGGAACCCCAGGUCUUGGCAACGGGGAAUUUCCGGUCCAGAACUUGUUCUCGCCGACGUCACCUGUGAGCACCGCCUUCCCCCAUCGCAAUCUGGGGAAAUCUGUGAUCAACGACGAAGCCGAUGACGAUGAUGGCCUGCUGAACGAAUCCAUUGGCUAUGCGACCGGCGGCCCACCCGUUCAGUCCACGCUUCCGCGCAGGACCACGAAUCCAAACACUCCGCUCCCGGUCUCCCGAUUCGCUUCUUUGUCCCUGAACACGAACGGUGUCAACGGCAUCAGCUCCCCGCCAAUGGCCAACUAUGCGUCUCCCCGCUCUGCCGCCACCAUGCAAUCCCCCGGUACAGCCUUGUCCGCCAUGUCUCCCCACACCAUCCCUUCUGCGAUGAGUAAUCUUGGACCGAACGCCAGCUACCAGCAGUAUCAGCAGCAUUUCACUAGACCUACCUAUCCUCCAGUUAAUCCGGCGGACCAGAACCCUCCCUGUAAUACCUUGUAUGUCGGUAAUCUACCCAUCGAUACCUCCGAGGACGAACUCAAGGCUGUGUUCUCCAAGCAGCGCGGCUACAAGAGACUCUGCUUCCGGACCAAGCAGAAUGGCCCCAUGUGCUUCGUCGAAUUCGAAGACGUCUCAUUUGCUACCAAGGCGUUGAACGAACUUUACGGGCAUCCGUUGCAUAAUAGCGUCAAAGGUGGUAUUCGGCUCAGCUUCUCUAAGAACCCCCUAGGUGUGCGCACUGGACAGUCGACCAAUAUGGGACCCUCUUCCGCCAUAACUCCCACCACACCUUUGCCCGGGUUCGGGAGCAGCGUUGGCGCUCCUCCCGGGUUCUCCACGGCUACAGGCCCGCCUCCUGGGCUCUCGGCUCCUCCAGGUCUCUCCACUCCCCACACCAAUAGCUCUUCUCCAUUCGGCAUGUACUCAAGCGGUAGCUUUGGAAUGAGCCCAAACGACAUGGCAAGCCCCAUGCGCACCCAACCUCUGGCGGCCGGGCUGGCCACCAGCGUGUCCGGCAAUGGCUUUGGGAGCAUGGGUGGAGGCUACUCGUCCUACAUGAUGGGGCGUUGAAAGAUUGACGAGCUGAGCUUGCUAUGCCGUCACGAGGGAUGAUUCAAGAGUUCGGGGCAGCAACCAUCCCUGCGCACGUUCAGACUUCUCUUCGUCUCUUGUUGCGUUAUAUCCAGUCAUUUCUGU